AUGUCUGAUAUAGAUCAAGUCGAUACAGAUGACCUUCUUGAAGAAGUUGAUCAACUUCCACGUCUCAGAAAGACAUUAACGCACAAAAAGAAGAAAUCCAAAAGACAAAGCUCCUCUAGUACUACUACUACUACUACUACUACAAAAAGGCAACAACAAAAGCAACAAGCUCGUUAUGAUCCUAAAGUUGUAUCUCAACUUUGUCAAGAGUAUCCUGAUCAUUACUGGCAGUUUUAUGCUGAUAGAUACGCUAUGAUGGAUACGAUCAAUGCAGAUAAUCCACUAAAAGUACUUCCAUUUGAUAUAAGUGAUCAGGGCGCCAUCACCGGCAUGACACUCUCUCAAGAUGGCACACUACUUGCUACUUUCUCUAACGUAGGCGCUAUCAAAAUCUGGGAUGUCCUUUCUAAUUUCCAAUUGUUGCGCAAGAUUCGGGAUCAAGCCGAAACACAAAUUGAUGAAUUUUAUUGUGGCCAAUUCUUGGGAGAGGAAGGGUUAUUAGUGACAGGUGGUAAAUUAAAGGAUCGACAUCGAUGGUCUGCAGAGGAUGGUGAUAAUCACAUCUUACCUUGUCCUCUUAAAGUAUUUCGUAUUGAGAGCUGUGAACGAGUAACGGUAUUAGAAGGCCAUAUGGAAGAGAUCUUGUGUAUUAAAGCAGUUCGUUUUAAGGGUGAACCUUACUUUGUUUCUACAAGUCAAGAUGGAUAUAUUAUUAAAUGGCAUAUGAACAAGGAUUGGACUGAAUUAUUAGAUUCUGUAAAGAUGAUAGACGGCUUAACAUGUAUGGCAUUUACAAUUAGCUUUGUACCUAAUACAGGUAAUAAAUACUUUAUUGCUGCUUGCGAUGAACAUCUUCGACUUUAUGAUUUCGAGAAUGCUAUGUUACUUCAAACAUUUGAAGAUAUGUAUUCAUCUUAUUGUGAUUGUGGAAAGUUUAUUCAUUGGGUUGAUGAUCAACAGCAGACGACAGUGAUAGAUGAAGUAGAAAGACGUGUUGAAGAAUUAUCUGUAGUAGAAGAAGAAGAGCAAAGUAACAAAUCGAAUGAUACUCCUUUUGCUUGGUUUAUUAGUCGUGGUGCAGAGAUGUGUGAUGUGAGUGAAGGAGUAUCAUCUAAACCAAAUACAUGUACUCUACAUAAAUUGACGUAUCCAACUGAACUAGGUGGACAAUUUAAAUUGGAAACUGUAAAGAAAUUUAUGCAUGAAGAUUAUCAUGCAAAUUCGUGGCUUGUUAAAAUUACUUCAAAUGGUCGCUAUAUACUGGCACCUACCAUUUAUGGACAAAUCUUUGUCUUUAAUAUUGCAACGGGUAAAGUAGCUGCUAUCAUUAAAGAACAUGAAGAUAUUGAAGUGAGAGAUGUUAUAUUCCAUCCAUAUAAGCCACUAUUAUUUUCUUGUGGUGAUGAUGGAUUUGUUAAAAUAUACACAUACGAUGAGAAUGAAGCCAUGUCAAUUUAAGCCAAAUUUUAUUAUCACUCAUAAUAAUAAUAAUAAUAAAGGAAAAAAAAAUACAUACAUACAUACAUAUAUACAUAUAUACGUAUAUACUAUUCUCUUGAUAGUUCAAUAAAUGUAUCUACUUCUUCUUCUUUG